GGGCUUACCACGGUAUCGGUGAGGUGUGUUGCCACCUCAGCCUCUAGUAUAAGGAUGCGUUGAUGCCCUCUUCUAGUUUGCUUGUCUUUUGUAUUAUUAACACCUUCCGUAUAGCCACCACCGCCUUUAUACAUCACAGGUUAGUAGCUACCCAGACUGUCUCUUUCACUCACCAAGACUUACUUUCUUCAUAGUUCCUAGUUCUUAUCACUCCAAAUCAAGAUGGCAUCCGCUCAGGGCAAGACUGUUCUCGUUACCGGCGCCGCCGGUGGUCUCGGCAAGGUGAUUGCUGAGACCUUCCUCACUGCUGGUGCCAACGUUGUCAUCUGCGACGUCAACCAGCAACGUAUUUCCGCUGUCGCGGAGGAGUGGACCAAGACCUAUGCCGACCGCUUUUUCACCAAGCAAACCGACGUGUCCAACGAGGCUGCAGUCCAGGAGCUCAUCGACGCUUCCGUCGCCAAGUUCGGCCGUCUCGACGUUCUCGUCAACAACGCCGCCAUCAUGGAUGACUUCUCCCCGGCUGGCGACUGCUCCAAGGAGCUCUGGGACCGCGUCAUGGCCAUCAACCUUACCGGUCCUUUCCUCACCACCAAGGCCGCCGUGAAGCAGUUCGAGAAGCAGGAACAGGCGGGCGGCGUCAUCAUUAACAUCGGCUCCAACGCCAGCUACAUGGGCUUCCAGUCCGGUGCCGCCUACACCGUGUCCAAGGCCGGCGUCAUGGCGCUGACCAAGAACACGGCCGGCUUCUACGCCGACAAGGGCAUCUAUUGCAUGGCUCUGCUGCUGGGCGGCCUGGCCGGCACCAACAUUGUUGAUUCCUUUGCCAAGGGCAUGCACAUGGAGAUGUAUCAGAAGGUCAUGGCCAACCAGUCGCCCUUUGAGCCGGGCAAGAACGAUACCCCUCUGGAGUCCAUUGCCAAAUACUGCCUGUUCCUGUCGCAGAGCGAUAUUGCGCCCGUGUCGAAUGGUUCUUGUGUCGUUUUCAACAAGAAUUGGCCUGUGGCGUAAAAACAUGUAUGGAGGUUGUUGGAGGAAAGUUCACAAGAGAUGGUAGAAGGAAUUAAGUGCCAUAGUUCAAGGCCACAUUGAAAAAGGUCUUAAAUACCCAGAAGUUACACAGUCCACCCCCGUGCCUUCCUUCACUGAGUCCAAACAUCAUCGGACGAAACCUGGAUCACCUGCGUGCCCUUGAUAAGCGGCCAAUCCAGGCAGAGUUGGCAGGAUCUCCUCGGGACCAGGUAGCUCAACUGGUCCCAUUGAGGGUCUCUUCAGUGUGCCGCACUCCCCCGGUCCACGAAGAGGUCCCGCGUU